UCGCAAUUUUCUUGUUCCCUUCUUAACUCUUUCUAAACAUUGAAUACACUACGCUUACGAAAAAAUAUGCUUAAAUUUAUAUAACUUCUGGCAUUUUAAUAACUAUAAUACCUUAAAAUGCCGCGAAAUCCAAAUGCCGAACGUGACAACCCUUGCUUGCGUGAACAGGAACUGUCUUUUAAGUGCCUUAAUAAAUACAACUACGAUAGGGAUAAAUGUGAAGUAUAUUUUGCCAACUAUAAUAACUGCAAGGACUUUUGGAAUAAAGUACGUUCUGACCGUCGAGCAAAAGGAAUUGCGCCCUACUUACCCCCAGUGGAAGAGCGUGCAGAUAUCAAGUCCGAAUAUAUGAAAACCAAACCAUCAAAAGACUAGGGUAUAUUAAAGCGAUAAAAAACAAUUUGAAAAUGUUAGUUUUUAUAUGUAAUUUUUAAUAUUCAAUUUUAAAAUAACAUUACUUUUGGUUAUAAAUUAUGUAUUGAUGCCGCGUCAACAA